AUGGCCGCCAGCUCGAGCGCAGGGCCAAUCAGCGCUGACUUUGAGAACGAGAUGGACGAGGAGGAGCUGGCGGCGCUGCGGCAGCGCGAGCACCGCCGCAAGGCGGAGCCGAUGUCGCUGCAGGAGAAGCUGGCGCAGCAGCAGCAGGAGCGCGAGCGGGACAAGCCCGUCUUCAUGAACAAGAAGGAGCGGGACGAGUCGCGGGCGGCGGUCGAGGCGGAGGAGAAGGAGCUGCAGUCACUCAUGGACGAGGCGGAGCGCGAGCAGCGGCAGGCGUACAUGCAGAAGGUGCGGGACGCGCUCCGGGAGCAGCGCGAGCAGGAGCGGAUGUCGCGGACGGCGCAGGCGACGCGCGCGGUGGAGAAGAAGGAGGAGGCCAAGACCAAGGAGGAGAUCGCGCGCGAGAAGGAGCUGCAGCAGAUCAAGAAUGCCUACCUCGGCGUCAAAAAGGAGAAGAAGAAGGCGGCAAAGAUCAGCGAGAAGUUCCGCUUCGCCUUCGACUGGGGCGCGGAGGAGGACACCUCCGCCGACCUCAACCCGCUCUACGACAAGAAGCACGAGGCGCUCCUCCUCUUCGGGCGAGCAGCUCUUUCUGUUUUCGCCGACGCGCCGCGCGGGUUGCGCGCCGGGAUCGACCGGCGCGAGCAGCUCUCGCGGCGCGACGAGGCGCUGACGCAGAGACACCGCAGCCUCGCGCCGCCGGGGGGUGCACCGCCGCCGCCGCCGCCGCCGUUGCCCGGGGGCGCGCCGCCGCCGCCGCCGCUGCCGCCAGCUGGCGGCGUGCCGUUUCCGCCGCCGCCGCCGCCGCCGGGAGGGUACCCGGGCGGGUACCCGGGCGGGUACCCGGGCGGGUACCCGGGCGGGUACCCGGGCGGGUACCCGGGCGGGUACCCGGGCGGCGGCGGGCCGUCGGGCGAGAUGGAGAUUGUCGCGGGCGCGUCGAGCAGCCUGGAGGAGAAGCUGCGCAUGAUGAACUCGAAGACACACAUGGACAAGAAGAUCGCAAAGUACGAGAACUCGAAGCACUAUUCGGAGAUCGAGGACAUCAGCCGUAUGACGGAGCGGCAGUGGCGCAUCUUCCGCGAGGACAACGAGAUCGCGACCAAGGGCAACAUGCGCCACCCGGCCACUGGAGAGGUCAUCAAGCCGUUCCGCUUCUGGAGGGAGUCUGGGCUACCGCCGGAGAUCCUCGCGGCCAUCCGAAAGGCGGGGUACGAGAAGCCGUCGGCCAUCCAGAUGAUGGCUAUCCCGCUCGGGCUCGCCGUCAAGGACGUGAUCGGCGUCGCAAAGACCGGCUCCGGCAAGACGUGCGCCUUCGUGCUGCCGAUGCUCGUCUACGUCCUCCGCCAGCCGCCAAUCACGCGCGAGACGGCGCCCGACGGCCCACUCGCGCUCAUCAUGGCGCCGACGCGCGAGCUGGUCCAGCAGAUCGAGGACGAGGCGCGCAAGUUUUGCGGCGAGCUCAAGAUCCGCGUCUACUCCAUCGUCGGCGGCAUGUCCAUCGAGGAGCAGGGCUUCAUCGCCAACCAGGGCGUGGAGGUGAUGGUCGCGACGCCGGGCCGGCUGAACGACGCGCUCGACCGGCGGUACCUCGUGCUCAACCAGUGCAACUACGUGGUGCUCGACGAGGCGGACCGGAUGAUCGACAUGGGCUUCGAGCCGCAGGUGAACGCCGUGCUCGCGGCAAUGCCCACCUCCAACCUCAAGCCCGACGACGAGUCUGCGCUCAUCGACCUGUCGGGCGACACUAAGUACCGGCAGACCUACAUGUUCUCGGCGACGAUGCCGCCGUCGGUGGAGCGGAUCGCGAAGAACUACCUGCGGCAGCCCGCCUUUGUGUACGUCGGCGACCAGAGCUCCUCCAAGGCCAACAUCACGCAGCACGUCGAGAUGCUCAAGGAGAACAAGAAGAAGGACAAGCUGCUUGAGCUGCUGCAAAACGGGCCGCCGCCGCCCAUCAUCAUCUUUUGCAACGGCAAGCGCGGCUGCGACGUGCUCUCUCGCUCGCUCGACAAGAUGGGCUACCCGACCGCCGUUAUCCACUCGGGCAAGGACCAGGCGACGCGCGAGCUCGCGAUCGAGGGCUUCAAGUCGGGCGAGUUUGAGAUUCUGGUGGCGACCGACAUCGCGGGGCGCGGCAUCGACAUCCAGGGCGUCGAGCACGUCAUCAACUACGACAUGCCGAAGGACAUCGAGAGCUACACGCACCGCAUCGGCCGCACGGGCCGCGCCGGCCGCAAGGGCGUCGCCACAACCUUCGUCACGGGCGAGGGCAUCGAGGAGAACGUGCUCUACGACCUCAAGGUCAUGCUUACCUCGUGCAAGCAGCCGGUGCCGCCCGAGCUGGACAGGCACCCGGCCGCCAUUCCAAAGGAGCAGCGCGAGUACCGCAAGGCACACCCAAAGAUCAUCGAAGCGAAGAAGUAGAUCGCGGUCGAGACGUCGGCUUCCGAGGCCUCUCUCACGAAGGAGCAGGUUGUGGCAAGAGGGAGAGGGCCCGACUGGCAACUGCCAGCUCGCAGGUGAGAUGCCUGCGCGCGGCCGGGCGUGUGUUUUGCUCGAGGUGCUUGUACGCAGAGGUGUAUGAUAGCCUCCUGCCUGAUCGCAGCAUGGGUGCAUGAAUACAAUCUUUGGAGAGACUCAUAAUCACAAUCACUCACCCGCGGGCAGGUGCGUCGGAGCACUUGGCGCACUGUUGACCACUUGGAGCACUUGGAGUGCAGUCACUUGAUUGAUUGAUCUGGGAAGGCGAAAGUC